GUGAACGCGAACCUUUCCGGGAGCUCCUGCUCGGUGCGGUGUGUCCGUGGGAACAUCUUCUACGGUUUCAUCAAGUUUCCUCGACCAUUCCACGAAAUUAAACACGACUCCGCGAUACGAGCCACGAGUCCACCGACCGCCCCACCGUUUAAGGAUCGCUCGUGACUUCUACUAGGUUGCGACCGGGCAAACGAAUGUCCUUUCUCGAUUCUUGUAACGGGCAUUUGGUCGCGAGAGAAUCCGACGAGCACUGGACCCAGCGCGAACGAACCACCGAUCUUCAUCGACCGAUCUGACUGAUUUUUGUGAUCCAGUCACCGAAAACUUCCAUCAUUCCGUCAAAAACCGAGUGCCGACCCGCAGGGUGGCGAUCAUUUGAUACGGGUUCAAUCUGCGAUAGGCUGGUGGGCCAGUCUAUUGGUAGGUGCGUGAAUAACUGCGACAACUGGAAGUUGUACCUUAAAACAGAGCCCCCGUGACUUUGCUAGCACCUCCAUAGUUAUCUUGUCUUGACCCGACUCCUCACGGCUCACCCAAUUCUCACAGACAGCUGCCUCUUUGCUGCCUAGCGCCUACAGAGUAUCUUACGGAAGUUUAUAAAAUAGUCAAUAUGAAGGUAACGAAUCUGGACGAACGUAUUCAUGUUCUGGACCGUGCGUCGAACGCUAGAACCGUCAUCAAGGAUAUCGCGUUGAGCGGAUUGCAAGAAGAAGCCUUCUACGUGCUCGACGUUGGAGACAUCGUCAGAAAACAUCGAGUAUGGACGGAAAAAUUGCCACGCGUCAGCCCCUACUACGCUGUGAAAUGCAACGACAACUUGAUCGUGAUCGAAGUAUUGGCCGCUCUCGGCAUUGGUUUCGAUUGCGCCUCCAAAACGGAGAUUAACAAGGUAUUAAGCGUCGGUGUCGACGCGUCUAGAAUCAUCUUCGCGAAUCCAGCUAAACCAGCGUCACAUAUUCGUCAUGCCGCCGCUGUCGGAGUCGAUGCAAUGACGGUAGAUAACGAAAGCGAAUUGCAUAAGAUUAAGAAACUUCAUCCCGAUGCCAAGGUCGUCAUUCGAAUCCGUUGCGACGCAGAAGUAGCUCAAUGCCAGUUGGGCAUGAAAUUCGGUUGCGAUCCGAUUUACGAGGCACCCAAUCUUCUGCGCCUCGCGCGCGUGCUGGGUCUCGACGUGAUCGGAAUCAGCUUUCACGUUGGUUCCGGUUGUCAAGAUCCACCCGUGUUCCAUCGGGCCAUACGCCACGCCAGAUCGCUGUUCGAUCUGGCGACCGACAUCGGUUUCAAGCCGCAUCUCUUGGACAUCGGCGGCGGUUACCCGGGGAACAAAGGUACCAGCAUCGACAAGAUCGCCGACGUCGUCAAUAAAGCGCUCGACGAGUACUUCAACACCGACGCCGUUCACGUAAUCGCUGAACCCGGCCGCUUCUACGUGGCCUCUGCAUUUACACUCGCGACCAGUAUUCACAGCAAGCGUUCGGUCCGCAGCAACGAAGCUUCGCCCAAUGUCAUUACGCACAACAUGUACUACAUCAACGACGGCGUUUACGGAUCUUUCAAUUGUCUACUGUACGAUCAUCAGCACGUGACUCCGAUACCUUUGAAGAAAGGUUGCGGGAAAAUGAUCCCCUCGAGCAUCUGGGGACCGACCUGCGACGGUUUAGAUCAAGUCGUCGAAAACGUUCUGCUGCACGACAUGGAUCUCGGGGAUUGGAUCAUCUUUGAAAAUAUGGGAGCUUACACUCUGCCGGUCGCUUCGCCGUUCAACGGAUUCCCGGUACCGAAAGUUCACGUCAUCGCCGACGAGAACAUUUGGUGCCUUUUAAAAAAUGCUCUGCCUUUGACCGAGGAGCACUUCGUCAUCGGCAACACUCCGGCUAAUUUACGACUCGGCCUGGACAUCGGUGGCAACGAUACGAACGGAUGGCACAAUCCGAACAUCGAACUUACAGCCACGGAGAUAUUGAAUGGCGCUAAUAAUCCGCCGUCGUCCUAUAUUUACGAUUACGUCGAAGUCGAUCCUUUGAAUUAAUACGCGACGACG